UUGGAAAUUGGGGGUUGGAAUUCUUCUUUGUAUACUGUCAUACCUGUUUACUGUUCAAAACCUUUACUAGACAGACUAUUUAAGUGUGUCCACCAUUGAUUCAAUUAAAAUGACAUAAGUCAAACUUACUUCGCAGAUAUUCGAGAGUUAAUAAGCUCAAACAUGAUUGAUUUUCAGGAGUGAAAGAUGCUUAAUGGGGUAUUUAAUGGCCCCAGUUAUCUAUCCCUAGACAUUAUGUGAUGUUAGUUGUGUUGCUGGUUCUGGUGCAGCUGACGAGGUUGCUAGGUGAUAGUAGUGGUGCUUAGUAGAAAAAGGGUGAGGGUGGGAACAGCUGGUCAGUCAGUUUAUGCAGGCUACAAUGGCAGGUUGAUAAAAAUAGACAUUUUAAUGGACUUCAGUGGGGUUUCGUGGCUUUUGGAGUAAGCAUCAAGUGGACAGUCGAGGAACUGCGGUUCUUUUCCACUUCAGCGUUGCCUUCAUUUUUCAACACCUCUUCAUCACUAGCCUACUUUCUUUUUUUCUGUUGUUUUGGAGCAAUCUUGCAUGAAAAAUCUUGCCAGAUUAAUAAAUCUUAUCUCAUCUCAGUGUUUGAAAGACAGACAGACAUCCAUCCCUGCAGCCAUGCUUGCCUAUAGAUGUAGUAAAGGUAAAGUAGGGGCAAAAAGGCAGAGAAAGCAGGAGAAGACAAAGAGGCUGUCAUGGAGAGGGAGGAGUAUUCAGGUUCCACCCAGUCAGAAUCGUGUCUCGUCUCUUGGAAUGGUUUCAAUCCCGAGCGCUCCAAAUGAGAGGGCCCUGGAGCAAGGCUGCAAUCUCUGCAAGCAAAAUCACUGGCCUGUGCUCAUCAGCCAUAAACAUGUCAGCGCAGAACUAGGUCACUGUUCUCUGUGUGUGCACAUCAAACGGGGGGCCUCCUCUGCACUGUUAGCUGGCCACUUUCUGAGCUGCACCUCCACAUGAUGUGGCCCAUUUUUUUCUUCCUUUUGUGUGUGUGACAUGUCGCCGCCUCUUUGGUCCCCCCCAGCAGACAGCGAGGACGAGGGGGAUAGGAGGUCUGACAUGGGCUUUAUAGAGAGGCAAGGGUUAAAAAGAGAGGGUCGGAUCAGUUGGAGAGGCGAAAACAGAAAGAGGAAGAGAGGAAGUGGUGUAUGAAUGGAGAGGGGAAGAAUAAAAGAGAAGUUUAUGAGAGCUGCAGAAAGGAAGUCUUGAGGUUUUUGUAUGAAAAGUAGCGAAAGAAUUCAGAGGCUGCAACUUUGGCCUCGUCGAAACGUACGACCCCCAUUAAAGAGAUUUUAUUUUGUAGCAGUGCGGCUCUCUUUUUCAGAAAGUUCAAUGAACAGAGAAGAAAGAGAGAGAGGAUAAAAGACAGAGAAAAAAGUCCUCUAGAUGACAGCUCAGGUUUCUAUCUGUGUCACUGAUUUCCCAGAAGUCUCCUCUACAGCUUGCCAACAUUAUUCAUUAAUCACCUCGCUGUGCUUUGUGCCAGGACGUCUUGUUAAAGCAAGUCAAAAGUUACUGAAUUUUUUGGAGCAACACUGAGCUGACAUGUGGCGUGAUACGAACCUCCUGCUUUCCUCUUUGCAGCAGAAUUUUUGCUUCAUCGGGGAAAUGUUGUUUUAAAGGAAAGUAGGAGAAGAAAAAGUGGACACUGAGCUCAUGUCACCUUCUUCCGUUUACAUUUCUGCAAAACUCAGAAACCAUCCGUUACGGAGUUUAAACAAGCCCCUUAAAUGGUGCACUAUCCCUUUAAGCCUGGUGUUACGCUCUAUGCAAUUACUGCAAUGAUUUAACCUUUGCAAUAAUUACAGCUUUUAUACUGCGUGUGCUGAGGUUGUCAUGCAGUGUUUGACUUAAUUACCGGCACGGUAAAUCAAGUGUAACAAUAUAACAUGCGACGCAUCCCGAGUGUUUCAUUAGCAACACUUUGCACAGCAUAAUAAUGAUGUGAAAGGGUUGAAGGUGCACAUGUAUGCACACACACACACACGCUCAUAAAUCCUCUGCAACAUAUUACUGGUGCUACAAAAUAUGCUUAAUUUAAAUAUGAAGAAAGAGUUCUAAAGCACGAUGAUCAUGCAAAUGCCGCUCUUUGAAUGCAUGUAGAGUAGACCGUCAUGAGCCUGUAGAACUUGCACAUGUCUCAGUAUUUGUUCACUCUGUGCUCACAAGUACAAACAGGUGGAUUUCUAUAGAGUCAGUACAAACUUCCAUUCAAAGAGGAGUGUUUUUCCUCUUGUGGCUUUGCUGAUACUUUUGUGAAGAUGUUGAUUCUCUGAGCAGAAUCAACAAUCUGUCAGAGAAGGACUUUGUUUUUCUCCACCGCCUCUGCUUAUGUGCCUUUGGCUGCAGCUAAAGCCGUUAUAAUCAGUGUUUUUAUACUUGGGCCGGUUGUUUUUUCUACAGCCUGUGACUUUAUUGGCAUAAUUUCUAGAUGCAGCUUAGGGUAUGACGAAAAAGCAGGGGGUUUAUGUCACUUUGGUGCAGAAGACGAAGCUUUCAAAACAAACUUUAAGCCACCCACCCGACCAGCAAUUUCAAGCAAGGAGAGCAAGAGGGGGACUAACUGGUGAAUUUGAUGCUAUAUGAACUUAAAACUCCAAUGAGAAGUUUCUUGAAAUGUGUGAAAUAGACUGAAAUUUACAUUAAUGCCUCUUUGUGACGCAGAAAAUCAACAAUAGUGAUGUUUUUUAAUGUACGUUUUAAUUAGCAUGAAAAGGCAAUGGCUGAUUUGCCCACAGGGGGCACCAAAAUUGACAAAAAAACUAAAAAUUUCUUACAGGAGCUUUAGUUGUGGUAACUUACGAUUUAUGGUCAGUUUAACUGGAGCUAGAUCAAAUCUUGUAACAACUGAAUAUUCAUUUAUUUUUACAUCAUGCAACUAAUGUGAAGUUUUCCAACUUUUUAUAUUUAAGUUGGUGCUAAUUUGGAUCCUAAUAAAGAAAGUAAAAAAGAAUAUUUAAUUUUAAUUAAGAUUAUACAUCCAGACGGUUAACCUCUUAUUAAAGUUAGCUUGAAUAAGUAUGGUUAUUUAUUAGGAAUAGUUUGCUUUUGUUAUGAAUAGAUAAAGUAACCCCAUCAACUUAAAAUUUUAAGUCCAGGACUCAAAGUUAUUUAAGUUUAAAUAACUUAUUUUGUUUGAUUUUUACAGUGUAAACUCCCUUUUCUGUGUGCCUAGAUGUUAAGGGUCAAGUUAAUAUCUUCAGGGGCAAUCUUUUGUCCAGAUCACAAGCAAAGUGUAAACCACCUUAACUGAAGACAGCUGCUGUUCUGUAGUUUAGUGCAUCACCCGGAAAAGGCCUAGAUAAUCAGUCUGUAGGGAGUCCCAGUUUCACUGUAACUAAGAUACAUUUGAGUGAUAUGACUUCCAAACACUUUUUCUGGCAGUUUACUACUAAGAUAAAAUUUCAUUGUACUUCAACUCAUGAAGGAUAUUUUAGUACUCUUUCCACCACAGUGCGAUCAGUCCCAGCUUCACUUUAAGUAGCUCAUCACACAAAGACCCAGCUCUGGCUUUUGCUGUUUUCUUGUAAUAAAAAGUUCAUUGAACUCUCUAAAAGUGCAUCAUCAUUUGUUCCUGCUUAAUCUCAGUUUCACUGUAAAAGUAAGUACCUACAGGCUUUUUUCACUAAUAUAACCCUAAGAGGACAAAAAUAACCCAUGAUCAUGUCUUUAGUCUGCUGAAAUAGAAUCAUGAUACAAAUCUGCAAAGAAUAAAAUGCGAGCUCUGUUAUGUGUGCCCUCGAGGGGAGAGGAGAAUAUUUUUUUUUUAACUGUGGUUACUCAUUUCUGAUUCAUUCAGGAAGUUAGGAAAUGCUGAUUGGCUCUUGAAGCACAAUAUGAAGCAGAUUUGUUGUUACAGAUAAAAUUUCGAUCUUGGGGUUGCUCGUUCAUCUCAGCAGUUAAAUCACACCCACCAUGCACAUAGGCUUUCAUCUAACAGACGGGUGACCUGGGUUCAAAUCAAAUCCUUUUGCUGCGUGUCAUCCCCCACUCUCCACUCCUACUCUGUCUGACUCUCUAUCCUCUGAAUAAAGGUAUUAAAAAGGCCUAUAAAUAAACAUAAAAAAUAGAUUUGACUGGAAAGACUGGUGGCUGCUUGUACAUGCAGACAUCUGCUUACGGAGACAAAUAAAGUAUCAGCAGAGUUACAUGUGGAUUACUUUCCAUGAUGAUAUGUGUUGGGUUAAUACUACUCAGAUUACAAGCAGAAACGAGCACACUUCCUGAAACCAAAGUCUAGACUUCUGAAUACAGAAACAGUAUGUAAAUAGAGGUUGCAUAAUGUGUUUUUUGUAUUUAAAGCUGUUUCUGCUGCCUGCAUUUGAAAAAAAAUGUUAAUAUGAUGAAGCACUGAUUUAACGCAGUCAGAUAUAUCAAAUGUGAUCAAAAAGACGUGCAGUUUAAUUAAAAACCUCAGACACAAUGAUUGCUCUUACAGCUUUCAACUCAUCUCACAUACAGUCUUGUGAUUUUAAUAAACUACAUCCUGAUUGACAGGUAUAUGUUGAAGCCCAACUCUGCUAAUCUGCCAUCUAUCAGCGUGUGUCCUCUGAAGAUUGUAGGAAUUCUUGUGCCAGAAAACACUUGAACUGUGUCUAAUACUGGAAAUGAAUGAUUUAUGGUCGAGUCCAGAGAAGAAGGUCAUUGUCUGUAGCUUCUUAUGAGUUGAUGGUUGAGCACAGAGACAUGUGCCUUCAAACCACAGGAAUGCUGUUACUGUCAGGCACACAAGCCAAGUCUGUUUAGGGUGUCGAAGAAUGAAGGAGGAGUUUUUGGGUGGUAGGGCAAGACGGAUCAAUCAAGCUGGGAUUGAUCAGGAGAAAGUUUUUUUUUAUUUAAUAACAAACCCUGAUACCAAAAACUGUUGUUAUAUGAUAUUUUUUUAAAUUUCCGAUUUUUAUCAUACCAUACUAUGCCAUUUAUGUCAUAAUAUACUAUGAAUGUUUAUUUCUUAUCUUAUUUCAUAUCUCCAGUGUUCCUUUGAUGAUGCUAUACUUUGAUUUUCUUUCAUAUUAAAACAUGAAAUUUUGGUCACAGUGUACUAUGACUUUUUUUAUCAAUUUUUUUUCAUACUACAGUUUAAAAAUGUUAUCAUAGUAUACUAUGACAUUUUCACCAUACUAUACUAUGACAUUUUUUAACAUACUAUACUAUGACAUUUUUUAACAUUAAAAUUCAAAGGUUUUAUCAUAGUCUACUAUGGCUUUUUGAUUAUACGAUACUAUGACAUUUUACCACACCAUACUAUUACUUUUUUCAUACCAAAAUGUGAUUUUUUUUGUCACAUUUAAUUAUGAACAUUUUAUCAUACUUUACUAUGACCUUGUUAUCAUACUAUACUAUGAUUUCUUUUUCAUUCUAAAAUUUGAAAUUUUUAUCAUAGUAUACUAUGACAUUCAUAACAUAUUAUAGUAUGAUAUUUUUGUCAUACUAUACUAUGAUCAUUUUUUCAUACUUAAAUUUGAAAUUUUUAUCACCAUGUACUAUGAAAUUUUUAUUUUUCUUAACUUUUUUAUUUUUAUCACACUACACUAUGCAAUUUUUUCAUAAUAAAAUUUCUAAUUUUUAUCAUAGUAUACUAUGACAUUUUUCUCAUACUAUACUAUGACAUUUUUGUCAUUUUUUUAAUGAUACUUUUUUCCUACUGUAUUAUGAUUUUUUCUUAUCAUAUCUCUAUUUGGUUACCUUGAGGAUCACCAGUUGACAAUUGUGGUUUAAACCCCUUUACCUGGCGUAACCCAACACUUUUUCCUAAUUAUUUUUGUACCUUACAACUCCAAAUGGUCAGAAUUGUGCUUCUAAAUAGGUCUGAGACAGUGGUUUUAACCCUAACCCCUAACCCAGACCCUAAACCUAACCCUAAACGCAUUGUACGAUCUUGCUAUAGAGGGUAGCAGCCCCAAACAAUCCCAUUCACUUGAAUGGGGAUUUUUAAAUGGCCUAAAACUUUUGAAUGCAAUGUUGUAUAGACUACAUUCCAGUACCAGUGAACUUGGGGUACAUGAAAUAAGGUGGUUGUUUUGGUCCCAGAUCUCUAUCUCGUUCCCUUGAGGAUUGCCAUUCUGUGAUUGUGGUUAAAACCCCUAUACCUAAUGUAACCCUAAUAUUUAGAAAAACUUUGAAGUUUUCCAUAUUUUUUUAAUCUAUUGACUCCAAAUGGGCAGCAGCCUCUGACAAUCCCAUUCACUUGAAUGUUUUUUUUUUAGUUAGUCAUCCUACUAACCUAUAGACUGUUGUCUAUAUCAAAUUCAAAACAUGCAUAUAUUUCCAUAGAGCAAUGAUAUGUUCCUGUUCAAACAUUUCAUAUGUUGAAGUAUUUUAAGUUACAUUUAUGGUUUAAAUUUAUCAAAAAACAUCAGACUCUGUAUUUUUCUGUCAUUAAACCCAUUUUUAAGAGUUGGAUUGGAUUUUACAACAUCAUAUUUGCAAGAAAAAAGGAUAAAUAAAAAUUUCUGUGUAACUUUCUGUGUGACCCUGAAUCCAAUUUGGUCUUUUCCUUUUUCUGCAGAGUUGAUUUAAUGAAGCAUGUAAUCAUUAAGCUGCAUGAACGUGUGAAAAGCAUAUAUAUAAUGCAUGCUGAUAAAAAUUAUGCCAUAAUAAAUGGGCAUACUAAUUAUUAUGCAUAUUUCAGCCCACAUGGUUGAGAUAAAAUGUCUGUUUUUAUUCAAAUUCAGUGAUGGGAUUUAGCAUGUUUUCACCGCAUUCCUCUCUAAGGAUAAAGUGCUCUUCAGAAUAAAAGUAUGAUGAGAACCUGAAGAAGAAAAGGUGCUAAUAAAGCAGAAAGGUGACUGAGUUUAUGGUCAAUGAAAAACCAUUCCUGUGGUGAGGAGGGACCAAAGCAUAAGGAGGAAGUGUCUGUUUUUCCCUUUUCUUGCUUGUGUUUGAAUAGGCGUUGGUGGGUGAUGCAUUUCACAAGUUCGUCUCAUGUUAGCAAGCAUGAUGGGGUUACCCAUGUGAGAAUUCUCAGCUUGCUCACAAAAGUAAAAGAAUCGGUGAAUGGCAAGAGAGGUUGGUGGGGUGGGGGGGAUAAAAAGCUGGGAGUCUGAGAGCCCUACACACAUUAUUUACAGCCUGAAAACACCGCAUAGAUUAAUGGUUUAAGGGGCCCGAUCCAUGCAGAGUGGAUUCUUUAAAAAGUAGGUCCCACUGCUGCAACAUGAAAGGGAGCGGCUGCCAUGUACCUGCAGCUUUAAUUCAGUGUCUGAGAGCCCAUACAGCACGCUACCCCCCAAAGCCAAACCAUUCUGACAGACUGAAGAAAAGAAAGAGCCUUUUUUUUCUAACAUGUUAAAAAAUUCACACACUUCAAAGCUCAUGCUAUGAGUUCUGGAGAGGGUAAAAGUGGUGAAAUAAUCCUAAGACUUUCUGCAUGCUUAUCCACAUAAAGGAGCAGUGCUCACAUGACAUGUCCGGGUUUGAAUGCAUGUAAUCCUGCUAUAUUCAUGUAUGUACCUACGUAGUAUAUAUGACUCAGAUUGAGGAUAGUAUAUUAUUACUCCAAAUGAUGAGUCUGUUGACCUAUUUCGGGCUGUUUUGGACAGCUGUGGCACUGUAGGUGGUCUGAGAGCACUUCACACUUUGAAAAUUACCAUAAUAAAGAACGGAGAGGUCUGACACACCGUGGGUGGACAACGUGUGCUCUUGAAUGUAUGUAUGUCAACUGAAAGGGCUAAUUUACAGUAAAAAUAGUUUGAAAAUGUUCUUUAAAAAAAAAAAAAAGAGGACAAAUUUAAGCAAUGUGACGCACACAAAGAGUUGGUCAUCAUCACAUUCAAUCACUCUUUUUUGAGAGGUAAAAGCAUGGACUGGUCCAGUUCUUCUGUCUGUACACUAAAUAUGAAGCAACAGGUUGUAGUUGAUUUGCUUGGCCGUACAGACUGGAAACACACAGCAAUGGCUUACUUGGCUCGGUCCAAAGGUGCUAAACAUACCAUGAAAAUGAGGGUAAGUAAUGUUUCAGACCUAUUUUCUGUCUAGUCGAGUUUGUCAGUAGAAAGUGGUUGUUUUCCAUGAAAGAAUUUGCAUAUCUAGAUCAUUCUCAUCAUGCAUUGAAUGAAGGAGCUUUUUGUCCUCGAAGGACGCCGUUGCUUCCCCAACAGGAGGGGUGAGCAAGGGAGCAUUUCAAUCUAGAUUUGGACUGCUAGAUAACCACUAAAUUAACUUCCCAUUUCCACUUUCUGUAACUGAAAUGCUCUUUCCAAACUAAGAAAAAAAAACAAGUAUUUGUGGCAGUGGCAGGUCUGUGGUGCGUCCAUUAUUGGGAUUGAUAAAAACAAGCUAAUGUUUUUGCCACAGUGUCAACAGGCAGCGGUGGAACGUCCUCUCUGCUAAUUGAUCGAUUUGACGCAUGCGAUCAGGUUGUCUGUGUUGCUGCUUUUUCUGAGGUGAUAUACUGUUACAGGGUUGUGACCAAUCACAAGUAUUAAAUGCCAUUCGGUGACAGCAUAACAUCUCAUAUGAUGUGUUUUCACCUUGCAGCCCAGUUUGGUUCAGUACAGUCUGGUACUGUUUGGUACAGUAAGCCCCGGAUCCUGCUGACUUGUGUUUCCUCAGCUGACUGCGCCUUUGGGUGCACCACAGAGGAAGCAUGUUUGCAUAAUUUAUCUUAAAGCUAAUUUUACUGGCUGUGGGCUGCCUUAAACGAGAAGAGUGGUACUUACUUUCAUAUUACAGCCUCUACCAGGAACUGAAAAGGUGACUAACUAUUGUUUCAUGAUCAGGUUGUUGAUUUAUUUUCUUUUAUCAGUAUCAUGAUGCAUCCAGAAGCAGGACACAGGACACUUUCCACUCAAAACAGCAAAUAUUUUAUCUUUAUUUACAGUUUUCAGUAUAGCUGUGGAGCAAAACUUUAUUUAUUUACAGUGUGGAGUGAUUUACUGAUUGUUUAUGAGGCAUAUAAACUACAUUCAGGAUCCUUGUUUGUGCAGAUACACUAAACAUGUAACCCAAGUUCAGGUUUCCUGCCUGCUUUCUGCUGAGGAGCAGAAAAGGAAGCACUCAGCAUAAACAGACAUGUCUUGUCUUAUUACCCAACACUGAUAAAGGGGUACAGCAGGAAAACAGAAUGUUAUUUAUGGUAUGGUUUGGUUUGCAUUGAGAGCUUCUUAGUUUUGCAUUAAACAUGAAAAAAUAUCUGAGUAGAUUAUUUUAAAGCUGCUCUACUUACAUUAAAAAGUGUGGUUAAAGAAGCAUUUUGCGUGUUUUACUUCCCUUUAAUUUAUAUUUUAUAUUAAAGCACUUUUUUCUCUUCAUCAGUCUGAAACUGUAUUUGCAAAACUCCAGAAAACUUCCCCAAAUUUUCUGCAUGAGCUGCAAUAUUGACAGCACACUGCUAAAAUUUUCACCCUGAUUAUUCCUGGAAUUUUUCCUGCCAGCCACCUGGUAAUAUUUCAAAAUGAAGACAGGAUAAACACCCCUGAAGUCCCAAUAUCUUGUUAUGUCUUGCUUAUUUUUUUUAAAACAUAAUUUAAUGUGCACAAGAUAUUCACUCAAUCCUAAAUGAUAUUUAACUGCUGAAACACAUUCCCAUCUUAUGCACAGAAGUCAAUCUUUUGUCCACAUAGGAAAAUAUCUUGUGUGCAAAAGAUAAGUUGUUACUCCAAGAUGAUGAUACUGAAUGCACGUUUUUUUUUUUGUUUGUUUGUUUUUUGUUUUGCAAGAGCAAGGUGGUUAUCUUGAUGAUUAUUUGCAAGCACAAUGUCAAUUUAUUUACACAAUCAUCUCAGUUGUUUUCAAAUGGCAAUUACUUUUUCUUGCAAGGGAAAUAACUGUGGUACAUGAGAUAGUUAACUUGUUCCUUCAUGAUAAUUAUAUUUAAAUUUUAAGAGUGCAUGUGUGAGAAGAGUUUUGGACAACAGAACUUGUAAAAUUAUUUAGAAAUAACUUUAUAACUCAAAUUUAUGUUCCACAGUGGUUUACCGCUCUGGUUGAGGACCCCGAGCAAACACAUGAGCUAAAUUUACUGUCAGUGUUACAGCAGAAAAAGAACAUGUAAUGAGUAACUCUCUGUCUGACAAACAACCGCCUUUUCUAAACUCGCACAGCAACAACACAAGUUGCUCAUUAUGAAGCUUGACGGAGUUUAUGGGAAGUAUGAUGCACUUCUGUUUUAUCUCUCACCCUGAAAGUGAGAGAUCCUACCAGAGGUGUGGUUUGGGUGUUUUCAGGAUAGCAGAUGGGCCACCAGGGCCUGGCUUUUUCAUUAUGGGGGUGAGGUGUGGUGCCGGCAGGGAGGGGGAUUACAUGGUCUGGUGGUCUGAAUAUUAAUUUCCAUCAUCUGCAGCGGAAAUAUAAACCCUGACUUUAAUAUUCAGUGUUAGUCUUCCGGACACGGUUUGGUCUGGCGUUUGGGAUAAAGACAAACUGACUCUCCUGUCAGGGCAACAUAUGAAUGGAAAAAUGAGAUGAAUGAAGUAGCUGUGUGGUUACCGUGGUGGAUGAAAAUUACAACAUUUGUAGAGUUCCUCGGAAAGAAAUGAUAAAGUGAUUCGCUUAAGGACAUCAAAAGUACAUUUUGUUUAAGUUUCCCAAUGCACCACAGCAACGGUUUGUAGAUCCUAGCAACGGCUGAUUUCAACACCAACAGCUUGCCUAUUUUAUACACACUUCUUCCUCUUUUGCUCAGUGGUGAUGGCGACUGAUGCCUGUUAUGAGACGCCAUAACACUCAAAAGGGGCCUACCCACCUCCAAAGCUGCUUACGGCCUCUUUUAGCACAGCCAGGACAGUAGGGUUUAUACUUGAUAGGGGAUUUCUGCAAGCCAGCCUUCUCUCUCUUCCAUAAUUAGGCCACCCACAUUCACAGUCAUGUGCUUCAGAUGGUGACUGUGUAAGAUUUUGGUGCCUUCUACACUGGGAACAUGUAAUGAGUUACAAAGACAAAAAAAAAAGUGAAAACAUUGGCUGUAUAAACAAGCUGAGCUUGGUUACAUGGUGUGCUGGCUGCUCACAGGAGGUCUAGUUUUUGGUUUUGUGUUGCUGUAUGUAUUAUUUUAUUUCACAUGUGAUUUAAUGAACUAUUUUUGACUGGUGGUUUAAACAAGAGAUAAAAAGGGACUGUUAUUUCACAGUAGAGUGCCUAUCUUACAUGAUCUCACACAGAGUAAGGUGAUAUAUUUACAUAAUUCUGAUUUUUUUUUUGGCUGAUAAGGCAGUGAAAAUAAUCCCUGCCAAGAUUAAGAGCACAUGCUGGUUUAAAAAACCUUUAGGAUACCGGUUAACAGUAGGUUUGCGUGCAGCAGUUAUGUAAUUUCCAUAGGUGUUUUAUGUUGCGUGCAAUAGUACAUGGAAGAGGGGAGUGUCUGCGUCGAGCGAGAGUCUGAUUGGUUCAAUUGGGAGACGUUAAUGAUUGACAGAGACGCGGGCCAAUGAUGGGCCGUGCUUUGUCUUGCCCCUCGCUGGCCGCAGAGGCGACGUUGAAGGGAGCAUUUGUUCAGGACGGGGGAAGCCGUGCCGUUAUGCGGACAGACUGCUGGUUGUAACAGUUUGUCCUGCCCGGUAAACGGAUUUAAACGCCAACUAAGGACUGUUGUUUUUAACCUUGUUGGUGAAAGAGUUCGUCAGGGUUGCAGUUUGUUAAUAGUAUCACGCUUCUCUCAAGUUUAAUCAAGUGUUAUCGAAGCGGAGAGGACUCGCUGGAUUCGCCUGUGGAUUCAUGCGGACUCGGUAUGUAACGUUGCUGCUGCUGCUGCCACACCACCGUUAUUACACCUUAUUACACCACCGUUAAAAAGUGAUAAAUUUAGUAGUUUCCUUUGGGAUAAAUUAACCUAUCUUUUUCUUUGGUCAAUACUUACUUUGUACUCUUUCGUUAACUUACAGUCUCCCCUUUUUUCUCGUCUAUACUGCUGCAUUCCUUGACUUAUCUUCUACUUUUACAUCGGCGUUUCUUGUUUCUUGUACAAAACACCUCACAAUAUAAGUAUGAAUUCACCAUCAUUUGUGUGUUAUUAAAUAGGCGACCGGCUAUGUAACGCAAACUGACCAGAAGAAGCUGAUACUUGCUAGCUCGCUGGCUAACAUAGCCAACUGUUAACCCUGCUCCCAGGGGCGAGUCUGGAGGGCAGCCAGGGGUGGCGCAGGCCCCAUUUGCAAAGUAAUUGGCCACCCCAUAACCCUGACUCUUAAUUCACUAUUGACCGAGACACAGAUGCCACUUACGUUCAAAUUUAGCCCUUGAGGUGUGUUGAAGUGGCUCUUUUUGCAUUUGUUGGAAUUUUAUUUGCACAUUUUCUUCUGUCUGUACUUUUGAGUCAUCUCAAAAUACUCCAAAGGUACCAUUGAUAAGACAGGAACCAUUUAGUUAAAACUUGCAAUAUAAGUCCCGCACACUAUCUUAGGCCAUUAAACAUAGAAAAGUCAUUUUUUUGCAAUCAAGCAACAACAUUAAUGCGAACAAUCUGCAUACAGAUUUGCAAAAAUGACUGCAAACGUUGUUGUAUGCAUGCAGUUAGAGGUAGAAAGUUAUGCUUCCCUAAAGAAUACUGAAUGCUGUUUUUUUUCAACAGUAUUUGAGUACAUAUAAAUACAUAUAUAGGUUUGUGAAUGGGGCCAUGACGUCAAAGUUUGUGUAUUUUUAGUUUACAUAGUGACAGAAGGGAUGAUUAUUUCAAAAGAGCCGACUCUAUAAUCGGUUUAUGCUUUCAGCCUCCUCAAAUGUUGUUCCCAUGCAAACAAAAGCUUCCUAUUUUUAUUAUGUCAUUGUCAAAAAUACAAUUAAUGGCCAACAGAAACUUGCAGUUGUGUUGUCCCUUUAAAAUCCGACUUUGAAGAAACUUUUUGCUUUUAAUUCCUAAGGAUUCAAGCUGAAAAGAUUUAGCCCAGUGUGCUAUAUUUCAAAUUUAUUAAAGUAUUCACCAUAAGUAAUCUUAGCAGGGAAAGUAUAUAUAAUUAGAGGAGACUUAAUGGGAGAAUAAAUGUCAUUCACUUGUGACACUGUGUCUAAGUGUCUAAGCCAGCAGCGUGUGAACCUCUUAAGAUGUAAUAAAAAAAAGUUCAAACAAUUUAAAAGUCCUCAAGUUUACUCCUCACACACUUAGUGUCAUUAACAUACCAGAGAAGUUGCUGUUAGUUAUGUAACUGUGGCGGCGUCGUGAAGUAAAGCAGUCACGCAACGUGCUAAUGUUAGCAACCAUAUGUUGGCUGAACAGGGCUGUAGUGUGCCAGCGAGCAUCAAAAAUUAACCAGAGAGAAAAGCAUUAUGCAUGAGAAGUGAAUAAUUUACUUUUAGGGUUGUCACGUUGCUCCAGUUGAUAAGAAUAAGAGAAAUGAAUACUAAUGUAAUCAGGUCCGUAGAGCAUUUAAUCAUCAGCAUUUUUUAUGAAGGGUCUGUGAUUACAGAUAAAUUAAAGGGAUUCAAAUGAGCCUUUGCCAAAGCCAUGGAGGUAAUCUGAAUAGAUAAUGCAAUUUAAAACAAGUGCUUAAACUCUGUAGAUUGUGCACACACUGGAAUAAGUCCAGAUGAAGUAGCCUUUCUUUAGCUUCAGUGUCUUACACAGUUUUAUAAAGUUAUUCUGUCUGAUUCACGUCUUUUUAUCGCCUGUUAUGAAUCCUGUUAUUAUCUUAUUACAGGUCUUGGUAGCACUCUGAAGAUCACAGCUGCAGUCCUUUCAUUGAUGGGUACAUACUGUGAGGUAGCACACCAAGAGAACUGGAAAUCAUUUACAAGAGACAGGACCUGUGAAAGAAUGAAGACCAGCUAGAUCGAGUUGUCUUCAAAGAACUGUCGAGGUCUAGCUUUCUUGGAAGAAAACACCUACGGCAAAUGUGUGCCUGGACUGAACACAAACUCAGAGGAACCUGAAAAGUAACUUUGCUGCAGCGAAGCUCAACAAACGCAUAAGACAGUGACACAAAGUGAUCAAUAUGAGCGCAGAAGGUUAUCAGUACAGAGCCCUGUAUGACUACAAGAAGGAGAGGGAGGAGGACAUUAAUCUGCAUGUGGGGGAUAUACUGCUGGUGAGUAAAGGAGCUCUGGUGGCUCUCGGGUACACUGAUGGGCUCGAGCAGAGACCUAAUGAGAUUGGCUGGCUGCCAGGCUUCAAUGAAACCACUCAGGAAAAGGGGGACUUCCCUGGGACAUAUGUUGAGUAUGUUGGAAAGAAAUGGAUCUCUCCCCCAACGCCUAAGCCAAGACCCCUCAGACCCUUACCUGUUGCUCCAGGGGCCUACAAGACAGAGGCGGACUCGGACUCAGAGCAAGGUGAGUUAAACCAAGACCAUUAACCAGCAAAAUUAAGGAGCACAAGCACUACCACAAAUAUAUCAGUAUUUAUUUUGCUUAUAAACACCAUCACUGUGAGUUUGCAUGUGAUGAAAGUUAGGAACCUGCAGCCUCCAUCCACACUCCCUGCAUCAUCAUCACCAUCAACAUCGCCAACCUCAGGAGAUUCAUUUCCUCUAACUUUAGGCGGCCUCUAAAAGCUCCUCAUCUUCUCACUAGUCCUUCUGGUUUUAUGUUUAUUAGCUUCAUGUCAUUUAACAAUAAAGCACUAAGAUUGAAGGCUGAUGUUAACCGAUUUAAAAUCAGAAGGUGUGAUGUGAUAGAGCAUUCAACAGCCUUUGGAGGCCUUACAUCCCUGCUACUGUCACCUUAACAUAAGAGCAACUUCUUGAGCAUCGCCAUGUUUGUUAUUUACCUCCAACACGUCUAGUAGCGGUAUGCGGCCUCAGCUUUACAGCAAGCCCCAAAGUGUGCAGUCAAGUAUUCGUACAUAACACAGCUGGAUGUCCAGAUUAAGAGGCACUCGUUACCUUCAAGCAGAAAACUGAAGCUGGUGUGGAAGAGCCACAAACUGCUGUUCCUCGAGUGCUUGUUGAAGUCGGCUAUAGAGGGUUGCUUCUGCGCUACUCUUGGCAGGCAUGACCAAUCAACCACCGCUCACCGUUCUUAAUGAGCACUCAUAGAUGGGAAGAAAAAGAUGGCACCAAAAGCAUCGAAAUGUGUUUAACCAAAAUCAGAAGAGAUAUUAAAAAGGCCUCUUUGUCCACAGGGGGCGCCAAAAUAAACACACGCUCUUCAAAAGUAGCUGAAAAGUAGGGCAGACUGUUUUCAAAUGUGGUAUCAGUGGAUGUGCCAUCAGUGCGCUCCAGGCUCAUUGGUUUUGUGGCGUUCGCAUCCCUGUUAGAAAUUCAUAUGAUAGCUGUUUUUUUUUUUUUCGUAUGUCUGAAACUUACCGAGACAUUUUCAAGCCGCAAGCAAACCCAAACAUGGUCUGGUAUACUUAGACCACUUCUUCUGGUUUGACAAAGGUUUGGCUGUUUGGUUUGGACUGUGAUCCGAGGGCUGGUUUCACAACCGUAAUCCCGGUUCGGAUCAGGGAACAUGGAAAGUUUGAAAGGGCAAUAAGCCGCUGAGUUAAAACACCACCAACUGAAAUAUUUGUAUUCAGCUCGUUUAGGAAGCAGAAAGAUGCUGAUCCUGCAAAAACGCUGGCGGUCUUUUGCAACAAGUAUCUCCGCCUUGUGCUGUACAGCUGCGCUGAAUGUGAGCCAGACUGAUUCCCAGAGGACAAUGGCGCUGGCCCGUAGCCAGACCAGAGUACACCAGAGCAUCUUGUGCCAGCCAUAUGUUACAAGUGGAUAUCAUCUGUGUUCCUUCACAAAGCCACAUCUUAAGGGAAUAUUAUUCACUUAUCAGUGUGGCGAGGGAUGAUUAGAUCACUAUGUACUGGUGAUUAAGGCAAAUUGCUUAGUCCCUGGAACCCUGGGGAAACAGCUUAGCCUGCUCCCCUUUUCACAAUGGGGUUGUGACUAGCUUAGCAGCAGGGUCAGACAUCGAGAACUAGAUCAGGAAAUACUCCAAGAAGACGACAAACCAGCCAGAAAUUGAGCUGUUCUUUAAAAUUAAACUAUUUAAAAGGGUUUCUGUGACAUCUUUAGACAGUGCGCUGUAGUUAAAGGGUUAUUCCAGCGAGUGAUUUAGAGCUGCAGUUUUAUGUACUAGACACCGACAUGUGCCAUUUUGUUCAAGUUGUGUGAAUUUCAAGAUGGUUGCGUGUAAAAAGUACCCUCAGAAAUCUGAAUCAGUGUUACCGCUCAGGCCACAACCCUGCAAUUAAAACGUGCAUCUUUUUAAAGACGCUGCGGCUUCGCAUGAAUGUGCGCUGAAAGCGUUUCUGCUCACCUAAAGAGCAGCUGUAGUUGCCAGGUUUCUAGUUUCUGCCUUUUGUGGUGCGAUUGUGAAAUUCUUUGCUGUGGUUUGCAGGGUGAGUGAGGGAGCUGUAUGAAGGGGGCAUGUGUUGAAUGGCUGUGUUGUGGUUGAGUGGCAGCGCUGAGCCUGGAGCGAGUGUGAAUGUAGCACCGGGAGAAGAAAAGUCUCUGUGUGCUGGGUUGUGAGAGACACGCAGAGGGGGGAGGAAAAGGGGCCCCUGAGGUUGCGGGUAAGGCAGAGAGAGACCCUCUGAUUGCUAAAGGGUCGGUGCAAGGGAUGGUGUGCGAAAGGAUCAGGACUGGAGCGGAGCCGGGGGCUUGGUAGAGGGGCUGAAGCAGGCGCAGGGUGCUUUGGGGGGCCUACGGAGGGACAUGCAUGCUCAAGGGGGCUUUGAAGAGGGGCUCUGAGAUGGAGGCAGGGCUCUUGUUGCUCCCAGAGUGUUUGUGAUUUAUUGCCCGCCACCAAGGGAUCUCACUCCCCUUCCUCCUACUCCUCCUCAGCCUUUUUUUUUCUUCUCUUCAUCCUCCCCUUCCCCCUCCUCCUCCUACUUCUCUUUUUUAAUGUUUUGAUAGUUCCUACAGUCAGCUCUGGUAGGGGGAAUGGAGGUUUUGGAAAGGGGGCCUCUCCUCUCUGAGCCACAGGGGUUUACAUGAGUGCAGCAGAUGUGGAGAGGGUAAGAGAGAAAGAGAGGAGGGCUAGGCUGGGAAACUGUUCCGCCUCAUUCCAGCUCUCAGCCUUUCUUUUUUUUUUUGAAACUUUAAAGUGUUGCUCCUUUUCUGGGCCUCUCAGUCAAGAGAAUAUGCAUGUGUCGGUGGGCCCUCCGCACAGAAAGGAACUCAUAGAAUGAAGCCGCUCUAACCUCAGCUCCAAGCAUCGUUUACCUUCUUCAUACUCACACAAAAAAAUGCAGAAGUGGCUGAAGAACUUUACCCAAAGUCAUACUUACACAAAAGCACCAUGAGUGAGUGUUAACAAAGAAAAAAAGAGAAGGAAACACAAGAUGGACAUGAUUAACUUUACCAACGGAAUUUCAUAAACUUGGAAACAAAGAUUUUAGCCUCUGAUUAAUGCAGAGUUUGUGCUUUAAAUCCAGUAGAUCACCUCCCUUACACCUGGACAAAGCAUCACGUCACAUCCCAAAGUUCUUGUCUAAACUUAGCUUUAGUGGAGAACAGAGAAAAAUGGGCUGAAUCAUAAACUGCUGCUAAAAAAGCAAACCUAAAGCUCAGCAGCCAUGUCUAAUACUAAGGUGUUGGCUGUAUUUGGUGAAACGUUUGUGUGUGUAUAUGUGUGUGUGUGUGUGUGUGUGUGUGUAUAAUUGCUCUUUAUCUCCCAACAGUCGGUCUGAGGGGAGCAUUCCUCCUAAUGUUUAUGAUAAAAACGGGUUGUUACUCUGCGUGCUCUCACAAGGAUCAGCCUGCAUGCUCGGGCUUGUUGGAAGGAAAUAUUUGAUGCCAUCGGGCAUCUCCUCUUUCUCUGUCUGAGGCUUCUUAUGUUUCCAGUUUUCAUGUAACUGAAUUUGCAUUGCACGACAUUCAGCUCCUCUGGGAACAGACAGUAAAGUUGAACUUUUUAACCUUUUUCUUGUAGUUUAAAAGUUUCUGUUGUGUGUGUGAUUGUUGUAAAGUACUUUUUUGUGAAUCAUCCAACUUUUUUUGUAGACCUAUCAUCGUUUUUGGCAUAGAUAAAGUUUGAGCAACAUCUGGGUGGAAGAUGUUGGGAUUUUGCGUGUGACAGGAACAUUUCGAAAAGGGGCUACUGGAAAGAAGAGAGCUGGCUGUACAAAGGAGACAGUUGCAGGGAGAGUACGCUGCAUAGCUGGAGAUUGAGAUAAUGUGGCUCUCCUUCUCUGGGCCUCUUGAGCGCUCACGCUGACAUCUGCUGUAUUGAACACUCUCUCUCUGUCAGUCGAUUUUUCACUGCAAAGAAUUCGCUCUUGUCUUAAGUAGGACAAGUUGUAACUUUUGCUGUCACACUGGAAUGCAUCUCACAUUUUUUGCUCCAGAGAGGACAGUCACAGAUCACAAAGUCCGUCCGAGUCAGUGGCACAGAGCGAUGCCAGCUGAAGUUUAUAUAAUAAUGUUCCUGUGUGGGCCUAAAGGCAUCUGAGGACAGGAAUGUGUUGGCGCUUCUUUGCUGCAGGGGUGCGAGCACAGACUGCAUGGGUAGACUGAUUUGUAGCUUUGUGAUGAAUCAGUAUUGUGCUAAGUGCUGAUUGCAGUAGCUUGGUGCACAAUGCAACAGGACAAUAAAUGGUAGCACGCUGAAUGGGACCCCAGUGAUUGCUGGUGUACACCUACAGUGGUAUCAGAGCAGAGGCUGCUGGAGGGAGGAUAAUUUCACCAAUUAAACUUUAAACGUUGUUAACCAUUUCUACUUUUAGGUGUUAAACUUUAAUAUCAGUUCAUGUAACUUAUUCAUGAAAGAAUUUAGGCUGCCUUUACACUUAAAAAUAGUGUUUUGGUCGACUGAAAAUGCAAACGUUCAAAUCCAGGUUUUAAAGAGGAAUCUUUGAAAAUGCGGCAACACAGUAACCCUGUGAAAACAGUGAUGCUACAGCCUCAUUCACUCAACAUCAUGUUCCCAAAUUAAAAAUCAAUGCACGACUAAGAGGACUAUAAAGGCAGCGUUUCUGCUGCUGGCUAUACUGAGAUUAAUAACCUUCCAGCUAACCCAAGAACUUUCACAUUUCUAAUGGGACCAUUGUUGUCCACACAAGGCCUGAAUGAUUUAACUUCACCCUCGCUAGCUGGCCCUAAAAAGCCUUGGUAGUUUGGCCGACAUUUCCCUCAGGAUCAAUAAAGUAUGUAUUGAAGAAUAGAUGAUCCAAAGCAGCUAACAAACACAGCUAAACACAGGAUCUCAGAGUCAGUGGAUGAAGAGUGGGUGAACUGUGCUGGUGACUUCUUAAAUGCUAGUAGGGCUGGGCAAUAAACCCAAAAUUUAUUGAUUUACGACAAUAACCAACGUCAUUUUGCCCAUGUCAGUAUAUUUGAUGUCAAAAAAAUAAAUAGAUAAAAGUUGGUUUUAGAUGUGUGUAGGUAGGCUAUGAUCUCAUGUCCUUUUAAGACACUGUCCUACGUCAGAGACGUGACUCCACCCCAUUCAGUCUGUAACAAAGAGAAAAAGACAGGUGAGGAGAUGGAGGACGGUUCAAAAGAUGUAGCAGCUGAAGUAGAUGAAGUUAAUGUGGGAGUGGGUGAGCUGCUUGUGGAGUAGUUAUCAUCCAUUUAUCGAUAUGGAGGUGAACUGCUCAAUAUAUUGUGAUAUUGAUUUGAGGCCAUAUCGCCCAGCCCUAAAUGCUGGUAUAAUAGAAAUGCAUAAAAACUCACUAUCUGUGCUUGUUUGCACCCAGGUUGUAGAGCAUACCAGCAUUUUUAGCAAACUGACAAAUAACUGUUUGAAAAACAAAUGCAGACUUUUAAUCAUUCAGUUGAGUUAACCUGGACAUCUCACCAGUGAAACACACUCAACAAAUCACUUCUUAAACUUAAGGUCCUGUAGUAAACUAGCUAAAUAAUUCCAGCCAUUAGCUAAAACCCUUGAGAUAUUUAGUUCAUCUCUACAGAAACAGGAGGACAGACAAACAGGCCACUUCUGCUUGAAAAACGCACUAACUGAGGGUUAGUUUUCCAUCCAUUAACUAAAAAAACCAAUUCACAAAGAAAGUUCCGGUAUUACAUAACCUCAUAUAUAUUUAGAGCCCUAUAAAAGUCAGGGUAAAAGUACAACGGCUCUACACUCAGCUACUUAGAGCGGGUGCUUCCUGUGCAAAGUGGUGAGAAAAAAAAAAGUGACAUAUCCUCAACUUCUGUAAUUAUGUCCGUUUUUUUAAAAAUAUCUUACCGCUCAGUGAUGUGAUGGAGGGAAAAAAGAGAAGCGAUGUAAUUUCAGGGCUCAAUAAAAUCAACACUGUAAUUAGAUUUUUUUCCCCUCUCUCAGAGCUGCAUUAGUUUAUGAAUCCAGUCAGACUAGUGUGCAUGAAAGCGUGUAUAACUGUUUCAUUACUUGAUUGUGUGCAGAGACCCAAGUCUGAAUUGGCAAAUCUUCUUUAGUGGAGUCGGAGCAUGUCUGCGAGCAGGAUUAAGACGGGCACAGAGAGAGACAGAGAGAGAGAGAAUAAGGCAGAAGGAGACAGUCUGGUGGUGGACUUGAAGAAGUGGUGCAGAAAGACACAAGUCAGAUUAGUGAGAAACAAAGUCAAGAGGAACACAAAAGGUAUGUGAGUUAUGUACUGAACUUGACAGAGAAGGAGGGAGGGAGGGAGGGAGGGAGGUGGACCAGCUAGUGUGGCUAGGUGAGCUGUGUCAGCCUCGUGCUGUGGAGGUGUGGCGUUACAUAACUCCCUCUACAACAUAGAUCACAGGCUGGCUUCAGAAAGCCUCCGUUAUUUUCAUCGGGGGUUUAUUUCCACUGUAUAGGUCAUACUGUAAGUCGGUUCAAUUAAAAAUAGAAGCAAUUACUUCACGGAGGAGGACUGCUGCAGCGCACAGACCGCUUUUACUGCUCCACCAAGGAAAACUCAGAAGUUAGAGCUCACCCUUUCAGCGCAGAGCUCACACUGCAGUUACACAUUAACUAUCACUGAUAUAAAACACCUGCAUGAUCAAAAUGACAACCCCACAUUUAACUUUAUGAUAGAUUUGUUAACUCUGACAGUCACUAAGUAAGGGAAAAUGAUCAUAACAUAUUAAAAGAGCCCCAAAUGAACAGCCUGAAACAAUUUAACUCGUAAUUUUGAUAAUGAAGGAAAAGAAAGUUUAGAAACCAGGAAUGUUUGACUUGUUUGUUUAAAUGACUGAAAUAAUAAACUUCUUAUCUGCAGACUUGAAAAAGCUAACUAAUGCACCAAAUUUUUCUCUAAAUUUGUCAUCAAAAAUUCAUAAAUUUGCCACUUUGAUGGUCAGUAAAUGUUAUGAAUCAGAACUUGCACAUCCUGAACUUCUCACAUAGGUUUUCAAUGGGUUUCAAUGCCUGUUUCUCAGCGAGACACAUGGAAAAAAUGGCUCAAAUUAACCUCAAAUAAGUAAAAUUGAUGUAGAAAUCUUCCUAUCUUUAAUUUUUAAUCAGAGAAGAAAUUAAAAAUGACCUUAAAUGAAUGUUUUGUCCUCAGGAUGAAGAAGUGUUGUAAUCUCCCAAUAGUCAGUAAUUUUUUGAUAGUCGAUAACUUCUAUUUUUUAAACGAAUUAGGGUAAAUAUAAUUCAUUUUAAGGUAAAAUUUGCAUUAAAAAGUCAGUGUGCUUUGUGGCCUUAUGUAAGAUCACAACCUUCAGGCUUCGUGGAUGUAAAUGUUGCAGCUGAUGAAUAACAUUUCCAGCAUCAUCACAGUAAAUCUCCAGCUGCAGGUCUCUGCAAGCUUCAUCUUAUUAAGAGGCUUCAUCAUUUGUGAGAGUGCUGCUCCUCCUCGCAUGCAAACCCAGAAACCCGAAGUUCUCCGAAGCAGUAAUUACCGUGCGUGUUUGGCAGAAUGUGAGCGGCUGAAAGACUGAUUCAUGGUUAAGCUGCGCAUCAGGAAACUGUGGUUUAGUGAGUAGGUGUGGUGAUUCAUUGACGGCCGGCUCUUUAUAGGGUUAAUCAUCAGGCUGUAGCAACAGUCUCCUCAUUGGCUGCUGUGUAGCAGGCGCACCACGUGGUGUAACCUGCAGGGGGAGACAUUGCCUGCUUCUUUUUGUGACUUCAGCUCGAAGCUGCCUCCAGUAUAAACUUACAGUGCAGGCCUGUGAGAGCUUUUUCACCUGAAACUUCCUUUAGCAGGAGUUUCACUUAGAUGCCUGCUUAUCACUUCAGUUUCAGUUACACCCUCCAGACAAUCCAGUUUUAUGCCUUUUUCCUAGAAUGUGAAAUGCAUUUUAUGUUGCAUUGCACGCACUGCUCUAUAAUGUGCUGUUACAUGUUGUGUGCUGUGAGGUACUUUCCAUGGGUUAUUAAUUUUUACUGCCUCGCCUCUGCUAGGCCGAGAAGAAACAGUGCAACCUGAAAAUGCUGGUUACUUGAGCAGCCCCUCUAAAUUUAUCCAAAGAGAGUGCUAUCUUUAGUGUGUCCAUGGUGCCCCAGCCCUGUCCUGCCCACAGUCUGCAGUUUGUUCGCUUCAGACAUACCGUUUCGAGGGGGGGUUCACCCCCAGUACACACAUACACACACCACAGCAGCAGCAGCAGCAGCAGUGGCAGCUGCACUGACUGUUUCCUCGACCUGCGGUUGUCUAACUGACUACUGACUGGCUGAGGCCCUCUGGGAUAUGAUGAGAAGGUCUGCAUAACAUGGAGGCUUGCAUGGACUCGUCCAAGGGGCCCCCCUGUCUCCUCCUCACUCUCCUUCCCACAUGUUGCCACAGAAACUGACUUUCGUGGAAAAUGUCUUGUGUGAUUUGUGCAGCCCCUGAGCUGCUUUAAACACAGACGGACAAUGGUAUUACAUUGUGUUAUCACUGCAGCGAUACAAAGAGGAUUACUCAGGACAUCUCUGGCAUUGAUUUAUACUGCCUGGUGCAAGAGUUUGCAGCCAGUGCAGUCAAAUGCGUUUACGAAUGGCACUGAUUUAACGUGCAUUUGUGGAUGCAGCAUUGAAACAGCCUAUGCAGUGAGUCCCACUACAGAGUCUUUUCUCAGAGAUGCAGGAAGAUCCCCGUCUUGUGUUUGCCAACAUUGUUCAAAUUGAUCCUCUGGCAUACGCACUGCAAACGCGUCUGAUUUAUGCCUGUUUUUAUGAGCGUUUCCAUGGAUAUAAGCACCGGCCUAACGCAGGCACGUCAAUUGUUUGAUCCCGCGCCAAGGCAUCUGAGAAAUCAUCACUGAUAGCUCCAAACAUUACUGCCAUAGUUCAUCUGCCACUCGAUACAAUUCCAUCGGUGCCGAAACUCUCACGUCGUUGACAGUACUGAGAAGCAACUCUAUCUGCGGCCUGUCCGGUGUCACUCAAAGGCCAACCGUGGAUGGAGAAAAUAAACACAAACCUUCAGAGUGGUUUGGAUGUCCUCUUGUUUUAGCAGUUAUCACCAAGCUACUGUAGGAAUCCAAGGCAGAUGCUUUGAACCGAAUCUAUUGUUUGUGUUGCUAUUAAGACUUACAUACGAGUUAGCUAUCCAUAAGAUGACCGUUAGACAUGUUUACCGAAACAGGCCCACCCUGAGCUGCAGCUUUCAGGUCAUUUUUAUGGAUCUGGGCUUUGUGCUUGGGUGGGUCGCGGUUAAUUUUAGCUCCAGGUUGUGAAUUGAGUUUCUGAGAAAAAGGCUGGCCGUUGAAUGGCAGCCGUGUUAGAUAUCUUGUCUGGGAGCAAGACUACACUUUCAAGGUGUGCAAUGGCAACCCUGCGUGUCUCCAUCUCUAUUUAGGGAAACUCUAGUGUUCCAUCUCAGAGUUCAUUGCUUCUGAGAAUCCCCCUCAAUCCCCCACCCAUUUCACCCCCACCCCAUCUCCUCCCUUUUUCAGCAUUGCAGUCCCAAUAAUGUCUUCCAGAUGACCAGUUGUCCUACAUGCAGUUUUGUGUGUUCUGUGGUUAGGAGGACUUCGGUGAGCCAGAUCCCUUCACACGCAACAUGCCAGCCUGUGUGCUCCGCUGGCCAAAGAGGAUGUGGAUUUGGAAGAAGUGGUUCAUUAUUUGCCCGACUGAACACUCUUUGGGGGGAAGAGGGUAGUUCCUCUGGCAGCGGCUAGCACGCAUGCAUCAAUGGGGCCGGUAGAUGCCCACUUUCAUGCCCGUUUCAAGAAAUUGUAAUAAUUUUCUAAGGCAGCAAGAAAGAAAAAUACGGUCGCAAGAAAGACGUCCAUUCAUAGUUUGUCUAGAUUUUGAAACUGCAGACCUCGAGUAGAACAGUCGAGCCUUUUAGUAAAGUGUCUUUUCAAAAUACGCCUUCCCAAAUCCAAAUAAAACCCCAGCCAACCCCUUCAUCCUUUCAUGUCCACACCUGGACGCAGAGUUCUAAAGGGGGAAAACUCAGACCUGGCUUACCUCAUAUCACAGGGUAUUUGCUUAGCUCCCUGGUCCACCAAAGCCCCGACUUUGGUGUUGUAAAUACUCACCUUUUACUUUUUGAAGGCAGGCCUUUGGUCUCGUGCCUGCUUCCUUUGAAGGUCUGAGCAGUUAGUAAGUCAUGCGCUCGGUCAACCUUUGCAGCUCUGGAUGAAUCACAACCCCUCACCAGCGAGUGUCACAGGAGCAUUAAUCACAGCUUUUUAAAUGACCAUUUCAUCUCAGCGAGGGGCACUUUUACUUUCAGUUUUCUAUCAAAAGAACAAGGAAAUUCAGUGAAAUAUAUCCCUAUAAAACCUGAGUCAUUGUGAUUACUCAACUCAGAAGGAAAUCAGACAAGAAAAACCCCAAAACCAGGAAAGAGCCAGACAAUAAUCUCACAGAGUCAUGGUUACGCUGCAGUUUUAGAUUAACAUCUGGCUAGACAAAGCAGCUCUGUGCUAACAUGCAGGGGAAGAUAUUUUUAUAUUUGACAUGAGAAGGAAAAUAGCUGUUGGCUAUCUUCAUCAUAAAUCAUAAAGACUGGGAUCAUUCAAGCUCUAGAUUUAGAAGUCUGAAUCAGUCCACAAUGUGCAGUUUUUGUGCAGCUGUGUAGCCCUUCUGUUUUUUUACCCAUGUUUUCAAGUGCAACAUUUCGUCAUCCGAUAACACAUUUGAGGGAUCGGAAAAUCUGAAUCAACUGUUUAUAUGAGCGCAAAAUCAAAUAAUCUGAUCACAUAAACAUGCUCCAAGUUUUAUUCAAAUUAGAAGCAUUUGGACAUGCGCAGAGUUGUCUAAUUUCGCUAAAACAACCGCAGAAGAAGAGAGUUGUAUUUAUGCCUGUGCUGUCAACAAACCAAUUAACACGGUAGUGGCUCACUUCAUCCAAUUCAGGAUUUUUCCCCUGUUAAAUCUUGUCACUAGAUGGCGCUACUGUGACAUCAUCCCGCUGUAUGUACGCCUUGUUAUGUUAUCGGAGGAGCAGGAACAGCACCUGCGGUUCUGUGUUGUACUAGAGUGUUAAUAAUGAAACCUCCUGUACUGACCUCAAUAAAUAAAAAGUCAAGACUGAGUCAGGUUAGAGAGUCACGAUCGGAAUAAGUGUUUACAUGGAUGAAGUUUCGUAAUAAUGAUCGGAAUAAACCACCCCUCUCAAUCGGGAAACAAUCACUUUCCGAUUGAGCCGAAUUGAAUCAGAAUUUUCCGAUCGACAUGUUUACAUGAGGCAUUUUUAUUCUGAUCGACCCUUUAAUUCUGAUUAUUCGCUCUAAUUGUGGACAGAAUAGUUUAAAUAACAUAGUGUGCUACUUUGUCUCUGCUGCAUGUGUGUCUUCCUGUCUGAGUUAGCUUUCACUCACCACUCUGCCUAACCCAUUUUUUCCACCCACAACUCAAUCUGAUUGGCUAAACAACACAUGACAGUGAUAUGCACACAGUCAGGAGCACAUGUCCAGAGUUUCAGGUUUAAUUAAACAUUUGCUGAAGGUAUUUAUACAAACUCUUCUAAUUUUCCAAAUUCUGCAUUGUUUUCCUUUACGCUAAAAAUGCUUAUUGGUUUCAAAUAUCAGUCAUCGGUGUCACGAGCUGUUGUUAUCGGUUUCAGUUCUGACAAAACCAAUAAUGGUCCACCCAUACUUUCCACUGUAGCUGAACUCAAUAGCAGCAGCUGUAACAGACAUGAGACUUGCACCUUAAAUCCACUCAAAGCAGAACUCCAUAGAGUUAUUUCCUACAAAGUUUUCUAUAAAAGCAUGAUAAUGACCUUAUGAGGGAGAUGAGCCUUAUAAAAGUUGCACAGCCAGACUGGUAUGCUGCUGGGUAUCCAGCAUACUUUGCAUUGCUGAACAGUCUCUUGCCAGCUUCCGGGUGAAAUACUGCAACACUGAAUUCCUCUCUAUGCAUUUUUAACAUCCUUUUAUAGGGCACAGCUCACUUUUGGGAGGCUUAAAAAGAUAUAAGGGUGCACUUAAUACACAAAGUUUUGCUGUUAGUAUCUACAAAAGAGUUUCCAUGCCACUUACAGAAGUUUAUUCAUAUUUUAUCUCAACACCAGCGGUCUUAUCCUAACUUUUUUGUUGUUGAUUUCUCAAAAAUAGAGCUUCAUUAUGAAUCAAAAUAAGAAAACUUAAUGAUCAAGCCCUCAUUAGCAUGUACUUUGCUGGUCUGGCUCAUCUAAAUUGACUGAUAUCAAUAAACAAACUCAGCAUGAGAAGACAGGCUGCUUCUGUUGUCAUGAAAGACUGGAUAUCUUCAGGUUUUGAGGCUUUGCGUCAGCACAGUCCAUAUGUUUCACACCAAAGUAGGGCUGGGCGAUAUGGCCUCAAAUCAAUAUCACGAUAUAUUGAGCAGUUCACUGCCAUAAUGAUAAAUGGACGAUAACUACUCCACAAGCUGCUCACCCACUCCCACAUUAACUUUGCCUACUUCAGCUGCCGCUCCAACUUUUGAACCGUCCUCCAUCUCCUCACCUGUCUUUCCCUCUUUGUUACUUGAUUGGGUGGAGUCACGUCUCUGAUGUAGGACAGCGUCUUAAAGGGACAUGAGACCAUAGCCUACCUACACACAUCCAAAACCAACUUUUAUGUAUUUAUUUUUUGACACCAAAUAUACCGAUAUGGGCAAAAUGACGUCAGUUAUUGUCAUAAAUUUUGGUAUCUGUAAAUUUUCAGUUCAUCACCGGCCCCAAUCCAAAGUAUCUCCCAUGCUAAUAUUUGGUCCAGGCCGAUUUUACACUUGUAUUAAAAUGCAUGACUCUCCGUGACACAGCCUCUCUUAUAGAGAGACGCUCGUAUGUUUGGUUCACUGCCUUCACAGGCAGAAGUGGUGCAUUAUUGGUGCUAAUAUUACCAUUGUGUAAUCUAAUGUUUCACACCACUGUUACUCAGUGGGCUGGUGUAAUAUUCUUCACUGGGGUUAACAAUCUGUCACUCUCUCCCCCAGGCUCCUGUCUGCUGGACCUGACGGAGCAGUUUUCCCUCCCAGAGACAGCUCCCCCCGUGCUCGCCAAACUGUUGGAGGCUGUUGAAAGGAAAGGUGGGGGACUGCAGCUCUCACCUGUUGCACAGACUCACACAUGCACACAGAAUGGUGUCAGUUUAAUCAGCACGUUGAUUUACUGUUUUAUGUCUCGCUCAUUAUUCGCAGGUCUUGAUAACCCUACUUUGUACCGAACUUUCACUGCUGGUGGUGGACUUGAAGUCAGGCAGUAUUUUGAUUGCGGUAAGCAGCUUUUUAUAAACCUCACCGUCUUUACUUUACUUCUAGAAACCUCACAGUUUCCAAAAACUGAGCGUGUGAGACAAAUACAGAACAGAGGAAGUCUAAAGAGUGAGCCUACGUCAGUCAUGCAGAGAAAAACCGCGUGAAAUGUGUGACAUGACAGAGAAAGAUCUGUACCUGUAUCUGCAGAGAAGGCCGUUUAUUAGUGGAGCCUGUUCUGCAGCAGUGUUUGUCUUCACCCAUGCAUGAUCAAGUUUUAACAGACUGUAAUUAAACUCUGCAGAAAGGAGUGUUUGCAUUGAAGCACAUGUCUCCAUCUCUCUCUCUCUCUCCACCGCAGAUCCUUCUACAGCAGACUUGGAUCAGUUCGAACUUCCCGUCCUGUGUGAUGGUCUGCGCAGGUACCUGCAGGAUCUCCCCCAGCCCAUCAUCCCCUCUGCACUAUACGCUCAGAUGGUGCUCACUGCCAAAGGUGAACGUCGUCAACUCUCGCACAUAUUCAUUGAUCGUUUAACUGGGACAGUUGACUUAAAACCAAAGUUCUGACGUAAUGAGCCCUUGCUAUUGCACAUUCAGUACUUUGCACAACUAAACCACAAAACCUCAUCGGCAGCCUUUGGCCCCCUAAAGCAGACCUAUAAACAUGUAAACCUUUAUUAAAGGUGCACUAUAAGAGGGUUUUUCCAUUCACUCUUUCUUACUCUCUCUGUUGCAUGCACAGACUAAAUUCUCACACCACACCAUGUUCUGCAGAGCUGCAUACUCGUGCUGUCACAUGGCCAGAAACAGGAUAUCUGUGGUUAAUAGGAACUAAAACAAGCCUGAAAGUUUAUCUCAUGCAUCUCGAGGCAGCCAAUCACCUGCCAGUGUACCUUAUGCUCAUUGUCAACCGCACAAUCUCUCUGUGGUUUCGAGACCGAUCUGCACAUGACGCUUUCUUUCCAUCUCCUCUUUUUUUUUUUCUUCUGUAACAUCUUUCGAUCUUUGCUCCUCGGAGCUCUGCGCUCAUAUCGAUUUCUCACAUCUGUCUGGCUGACCUCCCCGUGCCAUUUUCUCAACAGAGGUGGUGAAUCCUGAGGAAUGCGCCCAGCUGCUACGUCGCAUCGCCAGCACCCCCAGCCUCCCUCCCCAGUACUGGCUCGCCCUCCACUGUGUGCUCAGGCAUUUCGCUCGUGUGUGCCAAAACGGCUCCAAGAACCUGCUCAGCGCCAGAGCCCUGGGCGAGAUCUUCAGCCCCGUGUUUUUCAGACAACAGACCACCAGGUGGGUGUCAGAGCAGCCGCAUUCAUCAUGCCCCCGGUCUGUCAAAGAUAGACGGCAGACAGACAAGUGUGCAGGCUCAGUCAUGCAACACUGAGACACACUGACUCUCAGACAUGCACACACGCACGCGCACACACACACACACAGGCUGUUAGGCACUCAUGGCUUUCAGCAGAACACGGAUAUAGGUUGGAGCUUUUCUACUUACCAGCUGUGCUGCACAAUUAAAGUAGCUAAGCCUGAUUCAGCAUCAGAUUGAAAGCAGCACAGGGCAGCAGAGCUGGCUGUCACCUGGCCUGUAAAACAUUUAUUCAGCUCUCCCUUUUUUCUCUCCCACAGCUGUGAACCCAGCUUGGAUGCACACAUCAAGAUCAUCGAGGUCCUGGUCGCCAGCGAAUGGAGUGAAAGCCAGCCAGCUCCAGGUACUUCAAAACUUCUUUUAUGACUUUAUCACAGAUGAAGUUUGAAAACAGAUUAUAAAUGCAACCUUUCUGUGUUUUGCAUUGCUAAGAGAAUUGGGUUUGCACUCAUUAUCUCCUGCAGAUCAUGCAUGUGUGUUGUGCAGGGGCUAAAAGGCUGCAGAACAUGAACUGAACGACCUGCAAUAUUAAUAGCUUAGAGAAAAGGUGUUGAGACUUGCAACUGCUGCAGUUGUAGAGGAGCCACAGGGUGCAGAGCGGAGGGUCAAUUACUGACUCUUGACUUGUAUGGUUAAAGCAAAGUUAAGAUGACUUUUUCAUGUGCUGGUCAGUGGAAACUUACACUUUGACUGUAUCUCAUUUCCUGGUUGUGAUAAGUAACAUGGCAGCCAAAGAAAAAAAAAAAAAGAGCAGGGUUUGAAUUUGGGCCACAGCUGCAGAGGAUGUGAGGCUCUGCUGUCUGGUUUGCAGAUCACUCUGUUGAAAAUCUGUUGAAUUUUUGACUCAAAUGAUAAAGAAUUACUGUAGUCCCUUAAGGCAGGAGUGCAACUUUGUAUUGAACUUGAUAUACUUAGUUUGUCAAGCGCCUUCAACAAGAACUAAAACUAGGUUUGACUGAGAGAUGAUGAUCACAGUUAAAAGAAUUCAUGACAGGGAGAGAAAUCUUAAAAAUGAAAAAUCCCAUACGCUAAAGUUUAGCAGCUCUGCAGCAGAAACUUCCUAAAAACACAAACCUCACCGUCUUCUACUGCGUGUGAAUUUGCAUCUCAUCUUCUUCACAAUUACCUCACCAUCAAAAUCCAAAAAACUUCCAAACUAACAGGGAAACUUUUGUCUGAGUUUGAGUGAAGUACCUAAAGUACUUUAACUUUCACUUUGACACCCCCCACACACACUCAUUCGCUCUACAGUCGCUCUGAAACACCAAUGUGUGUGACCCAGUUUUUGUUCACCUAUAGAAGAGAGAUUUCCUCAUUAAACUUUCCUUGUGAUGACUUCUUUUUAAUUCUGUCACUGAGUUAUAUAAACGCUUCAGUAUUUCUUGUAUUGUAGACAGGACAUGCUUUUAUUUUGAAAUUAUAUGGACACUACUUCCUGUAGUUGCAAGUUACAGAGCUCAGAAUAAACAGCUUAAAAAUAUUUAACAAAUUAGCACCAAGAAGAGGAGGACUUUUGGAUUCACAAUAAUUGAGUUAAAGUCUGAGGAAUAAAAAGAGGUUUCCUGUAGCGUGUUAAACAAGCUGCUUAAUGAACCAGUAUGACUGUAAACUUCUUUAAAACAAAAAGUCAAUACUUGAACAUAUUUAUUUUAAUUUUGCAACAAACUGAAACUUACACCAACAUAAAAAAAAGAUUAAAUAAAUAUAUUACUGUAAAAUAACUAUAUAUAACUCUGUUUACAUGUGCAGACAUAAUUGGAAUAGAGAGUUUAAUAAAAAGCAAUAUUUUAAUACUUCAAUGUUUGUAUAUUUACAUACAUUUUAAAAGAAGUAAUUCAUGUAGAUCUAAAUAUUUCUGCGUUUAUAUAUAAUAAUAUGAUAAAGUGUAAUGAUACAAAAAAGAGUUAAUGAGUGCUUUAAAACAUGAGAAACAAUCUUGAUAUUUUUAUUUGAUCAGUUUUUGUCUGUUUUGCUUCUGGAUUUUGAUUUUGGGGUUAAAAAGUGGAUUUCUGCAGAGUGAAAAAUGGAAAUAUAACAGGAGCAGAUAUGAGGACAGAGGCCUGAGGAGGUCAUGCUGUUGUUGUUGUUGGUGCUUCUUGCUGGUUUUCUUCUGCGUUGGUGUGGUUUCUGAUGUUUCGGUAUAAAAUGUCAAACACUGCUGCACAAAGUCAGUCUUCAUGGUUGCUCUGCAGAGACAAAGCUGGUGUGCAUGUGUGUGUGUGUGUGAGUGUGCGUGUGUGUGAGAGUGUGCGGUUUAUUGCGUGGGACUCAAGUGUUUUUACAGAGCUAGUUAAAAGCCCUGUCGUUGGCCGGCCCAGAGGCCCAGGACUGGCUGUGGCUGUUUAAACGUUUUAUUACCUGUUAAGGUCUAUUUAUAAAGUUCCUGUGCAUGGGCCGCGCUCAGCUGUCGGUAAUUUGCACCUGCGGGAGCGCACUGCUCUGCUCUGCUCUGCUCUGCUCGUUGGACGCUUGAAUUGAAGGGCGGCCAGGCGGGCAGAACUCGAACCCUGAGAAGCCUCUUAUUUGACUCACUCUUUAAAAAAAAAUGCACACAUGAGCGAGUCAGAGCGUGGACGGAGAUAGAGCGAGGAGGAAGUCACCUGUUAGAGAGAGAGGACGCCGCCAACGUGAGAGAAGACAGGACGGGAGAAAAGCCCACUUUGUAAACACACACAUGUCAGUUUUGUCUGUGUUGUUCUGUGAAUGACCUGUGUGAGUGUGUGUUAGUGUGUGUGUUAAUGUGUGUGUGUGCGCGCGCCUCCUCCCAGUUACUGCCCGACUAUUUUAAGUAAGCGACAAAAGGCCCACUUAGAUUUGGUUGGCUGGAAAGUCGGCCUGCUCCACAGAGCACUUCUUGUUAACUGAGAGCUGCUUCCAGUUUCUAGGGCCACUCUCCUCCCCCUCUCUCCCUCCCUCCCUCCCUCCCUCCCUCCCUCCCUCCACAUGUCCUCCCUGCCUCAAAGUGCCCAGCUCAGCAAAUAUUUGAAACUUUGCAAGUUAAUCAUAAGACUGAACCCCCCUCUUCCUCCUCCUCCUCCUCCUCUGGUCCUCCCUCCUGCCCCCUCCUUUGCAAACAGAGAGAGAGAGAGAGAGAGAGAGAGAGAGAGAGAGAGAGAGAGAGAGAGACACGCACACACACGCAGCUGGCACGAGCGGCCGCUUUCAGAACAGACAGCUCUGACACCGGAGCAGCUACCGCUAAUCAUUAACUAUCUGCCUCCACGCGAGCGGGCCGAGAGAGAGAGAGAGAGAGGGAGAGAGGGAGAGAGAGAGACUUUACCUCGCUCACAGCGGGAACAAGCCACUCACUCACUCAGCUCCUCUUGUGUCGCAUGUUGCACCUGCCUCACGCCGAGCGGAUUACCUGGAUUUCAAUAAGAAGCACAUAAAGCCUCAACCGCCGUUUUUUAUUUUUAUUUUUGAUUUUAUUUUUAUAAAAUAAAAUCAAUUUUAUAAAAUAAGAUUAAAAAACAAAUCCGGUUUCUCUGUGACCUGAACUAUGAAAUGGAGCUUUAUUGCAGGACUUGACAUUCACUCGAUUGGAUCUAUUUUAUCUUUUGGGAAUAAAAGUGAAGCUCUGAAGAAGACUCACCGAAUCAUGCACAACUUGCAACGUAAGUUUCCUCCUGCUCUGAAAACUCUGAUAGAAAAGUGGGACAGUUAGUUUCUGCUGCUGCUGCCUUCAGGCUGGAAGGAAAAGAGGCCGCAUGAGGUAGAAACAGACAGGAACACCACAGCUGGAGACAGAAACAGAACAAGCAGAAUGGCCUUUUCGAUUUUUGUGUGUGUGUGUGUUGUUGUCCUAAAGCCUGCAGUUGUGUCUGUCAGCGAGCUGUGCCGCCUCAGGCUGCUUUUCAUGGAGCUGUGUGUGUUUAUAAAAUAUUCCUGUGUAGGUCGGCUUCGCUCUGGGCCAAGAUUAUGUGGAGUUCAGUCAAGAUUUUUAAUUUCCAGAGAGGCGGAGAAAGUAGAGCGUGUGUCUGCAGCAGGAGAGGGAAAGUUUAAAGAAAGCUGAUUUUACAAACGCAGAUACGAAGGACAGUUUAAUUUCUGAUGUGAGGAGUUUGUCACUUCUUAAGAGUUUAAACCGAGCCCCACAUGAACCUGUAAGAACACGGACCGCGUUCCUCUCCAAUCCUUCAUGCUUUACCAAGAAUUAGGUCUAUUUUAAUUUCACUCAGGAUAUCAAGCGAGCUAUCUCUGUCAUGCCGAGUGUCACGCUGCGGGAUUACAGGCGUAUUUUGGAGCCCCGGGUGCCGCUGACCGGAGCUCAGGCAUUAUAAUUUAGCUGCGUACGUGCUGCUGCAGCAGAGCUGGCUUUGUCUGAGUGCCAGCAGUGGGACGGACUAAAACCUUCCGCACGACACACGCAGGGAGGAGGAGGAGGAGGGGCCGAGCGAACCUGCAGGAGAGCCAGUGGCCACAGAGAGAGAGAGAGAGAGAGAGAGGAGGGAGAGGGAGGGAAAGCAUGGAUCAGCCUGCAGCUUCUUUUUUCUCCUCCUCCCUGAGCGAAGAGAGAUGCUGCACAUUUGCUGUUAAGAUGGAUGCACACUGAGCGAGAGAGGGAAGAGAGAGAGAGCGCCGGAUGCUGCAGAGAGAUUUCUUGACAGUUUAGCUGCAGUCUUGUUGCACAGAAGGAUAGAAAAGAGAGAAAAAAGUCCGGGGCUUUCAGAAUGACCUCACCGCUCGCAGGAAAUGAAAGAUGCAGGAGUGGUUGGUGACAGACCCCCCCCUGUGAUUGGCUGUGGUAAGUGAUGUAACACGUUACCGAGCAGGCUGCCCUUAAUGGCUUUUUACCAAACGGGUCUGUAGGUGAACAGAAAAAAUACAGUUUAGCUGGCGUUGUGUCGUUGAGGCUGGAUUGUGCAGACGGAGGGUUUAAGAAGAAAACAUUUCUGGUGAUCCUGAGAUGAAACGGGAUCAGACCGGAGAGCUGAGAGCUGCAGCAGAGAGACCAUGUGCUCCAUGUGGGCUUGAACUGGUGAGCCGUUUUCUCUGCACAGAUCAGAAAUCUCUGCUGGGUCUGGGUUUGGUCUCUUUGAGCCGCAGACACGCUCGGUCUUUAGGAGCAGAGAGGCUGCUAAUGCAGGAGGGAUGAGGGGGAGGUGGGGGGUGAACAAAGGCAGCGCAGAUUUGUGGGUUAAAAAUAGCCGCUACCUUAACCGUGCUUCGUUCGGCGGUGACAGCGGCACUGCAGGUUGGAGAUUUUUUGGUCGGAACAGGCCGACGUGAUGCAGCUCAGGUGUGAUUGUAAAUACGCCGACUGUCUGUUUGACGUCAAAGCUGGAGGCUGAACCCUGAAGGAAAUCCAGACCCGGCUGCCGAACUGCAUGUCACUCAGCUGUUCAUCAUCGAUAUGAGUGUCACGUAUUUCUGAAGAAGACGAUGUUCUCUGCGUGAAAACACGUCGUCACUUUUCCUGCUCGUAGGGAUAAUUAUAAGUUUCUCCUUUUCUUGAAUGAAAUUCAUUCUCCCUGACUCAUGCUUCGCUUCACUCACCUCCCACCGCUUCGCCGUUCCCCCCUCCCUCCUUUCCUCCCCCUUCUGCCAGAGACAGGCGGCUUUUUUUUCAGCCGUGAUUAAUCAAUGGGAGAAAAGGAGAUGAGUGGGAAUCACAGAGUGGGUGUAAUUUCCGUGUCUAAGUUCUGGCGGAACAACCUUUAAAUCCGAUUCUCAGAUUCGGUUUGUUUCUGGUUUUCAGUCUCAUUAACCUUUCAGGAAACAGAGGUUUUAAUUCAAGGUGAUCAUGUCUCGUCUCGUCUCGCCCUCACAGCUCUACCUCCAAAACCACCCAAGCCCGCCUCUGUGACGAACAACGGUAUGAACAACAACAUGGCUCUGCAGGACGCCGAAUGGUACUGGGGGGACAUCUCCAGGGAGGAGGUCAACGAGAAACUGAGGGACACCGCCGACGGUACGUUUCUGGUGCGUGACGCCUCGACCAAGAUGCACGGAGACUACACUCUGACUCUGAGGUGAGUUUUCCCCCUGAAGUCCCCUCCCUCCUGUUUGUUUAUUUUGGCGGGGAGUUUAAUCGCUUUCCCUCUUUUUAUUUUUUACGCGUUUACAGGAAAGGAGGCAACAACAAGCUCAUUAAGAUAUUCCACCGGGACGGGAAGUACGGCUUCUCGGACCCACUGACCUUCAGCUCCGUCGUGGAGCUAAUCAACCACUAUCGCAAUGAGUCACUGGCUCAGUACAACCCCAAGCUGGAUGUCAAGCUGCUCUAUCCAGUCUCCAAACACCAGCAGGUCAGCAGAAGCCGCCUCUAAACCAACACACAAACACAGAUCUCACAUCUGAGGGAUUUAACCACAACUUUGCGCCUCUUUUUGACUCUUUUUUGCAGGAUCAGGUGGUGAAAGAAGACAACAUUGAAGCCGUGGGGAGGAAGCUGUGUGAGUACCACCAGCAGUACCAGGAGAAAAACAAAGAGUACGACCGUCUGUACGAAGAAUACACCAGAACGUCACAAGUAAGCGCCACCCUCUGACGGAAAUCCAGAAGUUACCUGCUGUAUCUCUACAAGAAGAGCUAACUCUGUGCUUCCUUUCCGCAGGAAAUCCAAAUGAAAAGGACGGCCAUCGAAGCUUUUAACGAAACGAUUAAGAUCUUUGAGGAGCAAUGCCAAACACAAGAGCGGUACAGCAAGGAGUAUAUCGAGAAGUUCAGGAGGGAAGGCAACGACAAGGAGAUCCAGAGGUAAGAGAGCUGCUGAGAUCUCAGGAAGAAAAGAUCAAAUUCAGAAAGUUGAAUUUGGAUCUAAAAGUUCGAUUUAUCGUGUUUAGGAUUAUGGGAAACUACGAGAAGUUGAAAUCCAGGAUAAGCGAGAUCGUCGACAGCAAGCGCCGGCUGGAGGAGGACCUGAAGAAACAGGCGGCAGACUACAGAGAGAUCGACAAGAGGAUGAACAGCAUCAAGCCAGACCUCAUCCAGCUCCGCAAGACCAGAGACCAGUAUCUGAUGUGAGUAAAGUAGUCCAGCACAAGCUGCUUCAGAAACGCCUCCUCUCAAAAUAGGUCUGCCCUGGUUUCUAACGUCUCUCUGUGUUUCCCGUCUCCGUGUUUCAGGUGGUUGACCCAGAAGGGAGUCAGACAGAAGAAACUCAACGAGUGGCUGGGGAUCAAGAACGAGAACACAGAAGAGUGAGUCUCUGUCUUUAUAAACGAAAGGAAAGAAACACUCUUACAUCUCUGCACAAAGCUCACGUUUGAAUAUCUCCUUCCUCUACAGUCAAUACUCUAUGGUCGACGACGACGAAGACCUCCCCCAUCAAGACGAGCGCUCCUGGAAGCUCGGCAACAUCAACCGGCUGCAGGCGGAGGCUCUCCUCCAGAGCAAGAGAGACGGAACAUUCCUGGUCCGAGACAGCAGCAAAGCAGGAUGCUACGCCUGCAGCGUUGUGUACGUAUCAACACGUGUUCGCACUUCAAACAGCUGUACACGGAAAAGCUUCAGUUUUCAGAGCAGUAAAAUCCACCGUCAUGUGCCCAUAUGAUCUUUGGAACAGGUUCUGCCAGCUGCUAUCGCCCUGCUCUUCAUACCAGACGCAGACGUGCCGACUUUUAAUGCACGCACAGAAAAGAUAACAGGCCUAGUUUCUCAGAGUUGAGUUGCAUAUUAACGAGACGAGAACAUGUGAAGAUAAUAACUGUUUUUAUAAGUCAGCCUUAGUGAAGACUCAGAGAAAGUUUAGGGGCGCGAGAAAGUUUAAGGUCUCUAAAAAGUUCUAAAAUGUUUAAUUUUGACUCGUGAGAGGUUUUAAAAAACAUUCAGUGCGUUCAUAUUAGUCUUUUUUGUGGUGGAUUUGCUUGUUUAAGUGACAAAUACAGUAUUUAGUCAGCUUUUCGUGCAUGCAUUCAAAAUCUGCAAACGAGAGCGAAGAGAAAAAGACUCAGAAAGGAUGUGAGUGUAAGGGAAUUUAGCAGAAAGAUGAGAAAUACAAGGAGAAAAUGGAGUGAUAGUUGCUAGAUGAACAGCUAGAGGCUAAAACAUCAACAUUUUGUUUUGAAAAGCGCUUUAACUAAAACUGGAACUUUGAAGUCCAAACAUUUGCUUGUUUCGAUUCUUGACAUUACCCCUUUUUACGUUUCUUUUUGUUAACGCAAGGACUGAUAGUCAGACUGGUAGACAUCACAAACUUUGUCAGCGUUUUGAAACUGCAGGAUUGUUACAUAAAUUCAAACAUGGAGGAAAUAUCAGUCUGAUUUGUUUGUUUCCGUGCUCACAGUACCGUUAAAAUGUCAGCUGCUGCCUUAAACUUAACCGUCAGUGACCAGACCGUAAAGAGAGAGAAACACAUUUGUGUCCUCGAGCAGGAGAACGCUCUGUGACCGUCUGUUCUGUCCUCUCUUUGCAGCGUGGAAGGCGAGGUGAAGCACUGCGUCAUCAACAAGACCCCCUCAGGUUAUGGCUUCGCCGAGCCGUACAACCUGUACAGCUCCUUGAAAGAACUCGUUCUUCACUACCAGCACACGUCUUUGGUCCAGCACAAUGACUCUCUGAAUGUGACUCUAGCGUACCCGGUCUACUCCCAGCAGAGACGGUGAGGACCCUCCCGGAUCUUUCCAUUGGGACAUGUGAAAAAAGGCCUCAUGGGAGUUGGAGUUGGAGAUAAAACGUCCUUGGACUCCAUGUUUUGAAAAUAGAAGAGGCUCUGUUUGCUGAACUCAGACUUGGAAAGAGAGAAAAAAAGCCUGAAACAUUUCAGUGACUUGGCCCGACGAGAGCCUGAGGCGAGUCUGAAUGUAGAUUUCUUUCUCUUUUGCUUUCGUGGGAGCACAGAAAAAUCAAGCGGAAACUGCUGAACUCUCCCCCAGCAGAGGACAUCUGAGGCCUUUUCCUAAUGGUGCUUGUUCAUUUUUCAAAGCUUUACCAGCUGGGAAUGUCUAAUCGCAGCAAGAUAAACUCUUCAAAUGGAACUGUACCCAACGGCCACAACUCUGUUUUUUUUUCCACUUUUUCUUUUUCCCUUUCAUGUCAUCUACUCGUGUAUGUGUGUGUUUCUGCACAAGUACGUCUGUGAGCGUGUAUGCGUGCGUGCGUGAGCGUGUGAGUGUGUGUGAUUGUCCAUGUGACCAAAACUCAUAGAAUCAGGAAACUGUGUGACGUUGGUGGGGGAGUGUAACACAUUAGCGUGUGUUAACUGUUCAUAAGCGGACCUCGGGUCGGCUGAUAAAUGUAGCAAAAAGGCACUUUUGAAACAAAGUUUAAUUGUUUUGUUUUUGAAAAGACUCCAAUGGACUUUGGCGAGAGGAGCAGAGAGGACGAGAGAGGACGCCUCCUGCCGCCGCCUCUCUGUCCAGCAUUAUUAUAGCGCAGAAGUAAACUUGAUCUUGACUGUGGGCAGGUGAAACUAUGAAUGGACUUCGUGUAUAUAUGUGAAAAUGUGCAAAAAGUCAUGAAUCAAAGUGCACCAUACCAAAAAGGAUCAGUUCUGUUUAGUUCUAUUCUGAUCUGCUAUGCAAUUCUUCCUCCAUUACUUCUUCAGAGAUGUGUUUUAUUCUGUUGCAAACCCACAAUAUAAGCUUGUUUUAUUGCUUGAAAAGUAUCUUUUCCUGUGUAAAUAUCCCCCAGAGGAUAUUUUGUGUCAAAAUGCUACGAUACAGUUAAAAACAAAACUGCGCAUUGAUUUUUAAAGAUGAUGAUAAUAGCGACAUAAACUUUAUUAUAAAUGACUUUAACAGCUGGUAUAAAGAUGGAAAAGAUGAGUAUUUUAUUAGUCUUUAUUUGCUUCAAACUAAUGUUCUUCUCAGGCAGAGCCUCUUGAGUAUUUGAGCUGCUUCGGUUACAAGUACGAUUUCUUACAGAGCUAAACUUCUUUGUUUGGACGGACAAAGAAAGCACUCAGAGAAACGGGGAUGAUGGGAUUGUACGACCCUUAGCGACCAUCACCACGACAACAGUAUAGAUUUAUUUUGUUAUAAGAUAUAUAUAUGUUCCCACAUGAGGAUAUAUCAAAGCAGACUGGUGUUUUCAGCCAACGGAUAUUGUUAUUAAAGAUCGAUAAACAUCGUAGUAUUUUUCUGUAUCAGAAAAUCACUGUGUUUACAUACUAGGUGGAUCAGCUCAUUUCAGAUCUGUCUGUAAUUUCAUAUUCAGAGAAAUAAAAGGAUCCGCCAUCCUGAAAAACUCAACAGCUCAACUAUCUUACUUUCCUGACCCCAUCUUUUCUCUGGAUUUAAGUAGUCCAACUUAAAACGGUACAAACUCAGCAAACUGGUGAAGUGACUCUCUAAAAAUGUUUUAAAAAUAUCGCCAAAUUAGAAGUACAAACGAAAACCACUUAAAAGACAAAAAGUCUGCCAUUAAUGAAUAUAUUUACAACCCUAGGAAAACGAUGUAGAUAUGAUGUUUUUAUCCCUCACCCCCAAGACGUAUGUGCCCACGCUCAGCACAGCUGUCAACUUUAACACUUAAAUAUAUCUUUGUGUAACAAAAUGACGUGUAAAAAUGUUAACCCGACGCUUCUUCGAUUCUUUGAAUUUGACUCUUAAUUCUUUGGCACAACUUCUAUAUGUGGAAAAAAAAAGAAAGAAAGCAAAAGAAGAAAACCUUUAAACAUGUAAACAUCUUAUUUUCUUUUCUUUACUUUUAUUCUCGGCGCCCCCUCAUGGCAGAUCUGUUGUCCAAGCUACUUAAAUGUGUUUUAAAGGUGUAAUGAGGCGUAUUUGGUUCGAUCAGACCUCAUGGACACUAAAUUGUCUUUUUAAUGGAAGAUUUCUGAACCUCCCCAACAGCUGCUGGCAUAAACUUUGUGUUUGUCAUGAAUAAUUUCUUCUCUAAUACUUCUUGGAUGAUAUGCACCAUUAUUUUCUUUGCCCCAGGUCUGGGAUGUACGAUUGUUUUCGGUGUAUCUCUCUUUGUUUUUUUUUAUUUGAAGCUCAUCUCUUUGUGGGUGUCCCCUGACAUGAUGAUUGGAUUGAGAUUUAACAGUGUUCCCCCAGUUUUGCUUCAAAUCUGUAUUGGGCUUUGUUAAAAAGGAAAUAAAACACUUCUUUUUAAGAAACUGA